CAUAUCAGAAAAAAUCGCCGAGCACAUUUGUAUUAUAAUAUAUAUAAUAUAUAUAAUAUGUUAACCGGUGCUUUUUGUUUGUGCGUAAAUUCACCUGUGUUCUUCAUAAGUCUGUGAAGUCUUUCAAAAAUGAGUGAUGAACUAAGUGUUGAGGAUCUGGAUUUUCUAGAGUCACAACUGGACUUUCAGGAUAAGGUCUCCUUGCUGUUCCUGUUAUAUGGCCACCGUGAUCCGCAUUAUUUACUGCAAACCCUAACUGUGGCUCGAAAGACGCCAGAACAAGAAACCCAUCUACUAGGCGAUUGGAUGCGUUAUGUCACAGAUCUGGAAACAGGAGUUAACUGGAGCUCAGAAGUUUUGGAAGCUCUUAGCAUUAUUCAAGCGAAUCUAGCACUCCUCAAAUGUGGAUUUGACGAUGACGCUUUCACAGAAAAGUUUCUGCCGAAGAUAGCAGAACUGGCCAGCUUCGUUAAUCCGGUGCUGAAAGGAUUGUAUAUUUUGUGCGAGAAAGUCGACGACAUUAUUUUGGAAAAAGUUGUACGCUGUUUGAAAUCGAUAUGUCAGGUGAAACUAAAUGAAAGAGAAUAUUUCGAACUUGUUUUACUGGAGCUUGUAUGUCAGGGUUCUAUAAAACUUGGCAGACGGACUGAAAAGAUCCAAUGUGAUUUGCUCAAUUUGGUAGCUGUUUUUAAAAACUUGGAAAGAGAUGACUUGGGUGAUUUUUGUAAAACCAUAGCUAGCAAUUUUAAUAAUGAAAGUACCACGAGUCCAAAUCAGUCCGAUAACAUUAAAGAUUCUCAAUGCUUUGAACAAGAUCAACCAGGCAUUACCAUAAAGGAUAACGCUCAAAUAGAUCGGUAUUUUAUUGCCAGAAAAAAUGCCGGUAUAAUUCUGAUCGUGAAUCAAUUUGAGUUUUAUCGUGAGACAAAUCCGGAACUAGCGGAGCUCCUGCCCUCGAAACCGCUCAACAAUCGUCGAGGUACCGAUGUUGACAAGCUAGCGAUCCUUAAUCUUUUCGUCGCUUUUGGAUAUCAGGCGAUCGUGGUGGAAAACAUUCCUCAUUAUGAAAUCUUGCGCCAAGUUGAAGCGGCGGUAGAUCAAAUCAAAUCAUCGCAUUGCUCGUUGAUUGUGGCCAUUCUGUCCCACGGCCAGGAAGGUAAAGUCUACGGGAGCAACAGCAUUCCUCUGAAUGUGAAAUCCAUCGAAAAAGCGAUGGCGGCCGAGAAGCUUACCGGCAAACCGAAGCUGCUGUUCGUGCAAGCCUGCCAGGGAGUGAAUCUGCAAUCGGCUGUCGAGGUUAUUCAACCGCUAGAACACGACGGACCAUCUUCGGAACGGACGGCUUCCGUUUUUGUGGACUUUCUCGUGGCCUGGUCUACGGUGCCCGGAUUCGCAUCGGUUCGACACAUCGAGAAGGGCUCGUGGUUUAUCCAGGAACUGUGUACUAAGCUGCGGGCAAUGCAUGGAAGCAAUCAUCUUAUGGAUAUACUAACAGCUGUGAUAGACGAUGUUUCCAGUAAGCGAGGCUACGGAAACGAAUGUAUGGUGCCUAUUCUUUACAGUACGUUAAGGAAGAAGUUGUAUUUUGAACCUUUAUGAAUAUAUACAUGAAACACUGUUAAAUCUUGAUUAAC